AUGGCAGACAAAGACAGCGACGUCAAAUAUCUUACUGCUCAGAUAUGCCUCCUCACGACCGCUCUAAGAGGGCAUCGAGAAGAUGACCCUGUGCAAUCUGUCAAGCUCCGCGAUUCCGUGAUACUCACGUUGUACCACGUCGCGACUCUUCUUACCACAGGUACACCGUCCUAUGUCACAGGCCCCGCAAGCGACCCCAAGGCUCUUCGUGUUGUCGCUGUUACUGCCAACGUCGACUCUACCGCUGUCCAAUGCAUCCUCGUCGCUCAAAACACGCGGAACGGAAUGUCUCCAAGGGCGGCCCAAGUACGGCCGCUGUUAAGCACGGAGCUGACAGCGAACAAGGAAGAGGAAGUGGAUAAGAUUUUGGCGACUUGGGAUGUCAAUGUCGUCUCUCAGGAUCCUGAGGUGCACUAUCGAAACAUCUUCACCAUUAUCGACAGUUUCCGUACUCCGAGUACCGACAAAGACCGUCUUUCACGCACGAUCGACCAAUUUCAACUAUAUAUGGUUGCCAAUGCCUAUCCCAAGAUCGCGGCUCGCAUUCUCAACGGCGGAAACACAUGGGAGACGCAUCCAAUCGAAACCCUCGCCACUUACGACCUCUCCCAGAUCCACAUUCCCCCCGACAAAACACUUCUGGUCAAACGUCGCGAAAUUUUCAACUGGUUGACGAUGGAUCGUGGUAUUACCGCUGAGCAUCCCACUUUCGAGAGUGGGGGUACUGCCUUCAGGAUCACUCGGCAUAACAUUAGGCCCUGGGUUGACGCCCUGACGGAGACCUAUAUUGGACUGAAAAAUGCCCUAAUCGAGAACGGGGUGUGCAAGGAGAAGCUGGGAGGGGAUGAGAUCAUCACAGCGACUAUGAUGCUCACUCAAUUUCACGGCCUAUUGGAAACAGGGCUGGUCGAAUUUCUCCUAGAGGACAAACCUCUUUUUAAGGCGAUGGGCAAGAAGAAGACCAACGCAAACUAUCGGAGUCAAGAUCGGACCGAGGACACCACCGUAAAUACAGAAGAGACGUCUCUGCUCGCAGUGGAAGAGGAAGAUGUUCUAUCUCAAGACUUUGAAAGGCCGAGUACGUCUGAAGAUCCGAUCUUUCGAUACCUCAAGACAAUCGUUGCUUGGUACGAAGCCGCCACUUCUAUUUUUCGCAGACCCCCGCGCAUCCCGAUAAGCGCGAACCUCGUCGCCCUCCCUGAUCCCGUUAUCGACAAUGUCGAGGAUUGUAUCAAAACCUUCUUGGACGAACUGUCCCAACACCCUCUUGUGGAGACUAAAAAUUUCCCUGGCUACCUCGACCGACGAAAGCUGGCGGAACGAGUGCAGGGAGUGACGUAUCACGCGGAAGCGAUUUUGAUGGGCUUGGCCCACUCGUUCUCGCCGUCCGAAGUCGAGCUACCGUCGCAGCGUGCACUAGGCCUGAACCAUGCCGACUGGGACAUACUGAAGAGGGUAUUCAAAACCCAAUGGACGCCUAUCGCUGUUAGUAAGAAAUGUUGUUGGUGUUGUUGGCGACUUUAUCAGUACUGGCAUCCCACCGAUCCUUCACGCACGCCGCCGCCACCCAAGGACACCUCCGAUGCCUCUCCCGAGCUCUUCCUCUCCGGCAGUCACUCAAUAAUUUAUCCGUGGUGUCCGCCGCCACUGGCUGGAAUCCCCACCGAAUUUCUCCGUCGCCUUCGGAAUGAUCUGUUAGAAGUUUUGGUCCGCGCUAUGAAGAGAUCCAAAGUACAACAUAAAUCUGGUCAGACGUCUGCCCACAGUUCUGGCGCCCACAGUGACCUCGUCCGAGACAUUGAGGCACAGCAUCCAAGACGUUUCGCUAAUUACCGCAAGGAUGAUAGUGCCCCCCAGCCUUGA